AUGGCUGCGUCGGUUCUGGGCGGCGGCGCCAGAGCGUUGUUCACCUCCGGCGCCUCGCCUCGAGCCAUCGACAUGCUGGAAACCGCGGGUCUGGACGGGCAGAUGAUGUCCGCUCGGCUGUUCGCAACGCCCGACUGCAGCAUCCCCGGGUGCGCGCGGUUGGCCCCGAACGCCAUGGCCACCACACGCAAAGUCGCGGUUAGCGACGCGGAGCUGCGACGACGAGUGGAAGGCGUGCACGUGACCACGGACUUCAACAACGCGCUGGCCAAUGUGUCGCUGCACGGCUGGAAGUGGCGGAACGACUGCCGAGCCUUCUCCAUGUUCACCAACAGCGUCGCGACUGUGGCGGACGCUCAGGUGCUGGCCAUGGGGACGGUGUCUGGCGGCCGCGCGCUUGAGCGCCUCGUGUCGCUCUUGCGGACGCCCAACGAGAGCGACUUCAACGCCGUCAUGCAGGAGCUCUACAAGCGCGACUUCAUCUACGGCUCCAUGGUGCACGCCACCCCGUCGGACCCCGCAGCGCUGGGUGACGGCAGCCUCUUGGCCGUCAAGACGUGCUCCUUCGUACGCUCCAAGAGGUUCUCGCACAAGAAGAACGAGCAGAUGUGCUACAUCGAGCAGUUCCGACCGACCAAGGAGGGCUUCUCCCUCGUCUUCACGUCGCUGCCUCAGCACGAGGUGCUGGCGGGCAAGGCGAGCGGCAAGCACGUGGCCGAGCUGUGCCCCUUUCGAGGCUGGUUGCUGGUCGAGAGAGCGCCGGAGAGCAAGGCGAGUGUUCGAGUGCUCUUCCACGCCAGCCUCGACCCCGACUUCGUAGACGCCGACAAGAACCACAGCCUCGGGCUCUGCUCAGCCAAGACGACGGCCGCUAGACUCCUUCGCCUUGCCAAGGGAGUCUGCAGACUGGGUGAGGUCCUGCACCAGCAGCGCCAAAUGGACAGCGCCAACCGUAAGGCCAAGAAGCCCAACAACAACUUCCGAGAGGUCAACACGGACGUCUCCAACUCGCACUGUGUGGCGUGCACGUCCAAGUUCGAUCUGCUGAGACGGAGACGACGCUGCGGACUCUGCGCCUACAACGUCUGCGCCAAGUGCUGCUACCGCGAGCCGAUGAUCAUCUACAACCGCUACGCGGCCACCAUCCAGUUUUGCGCCCGAUGCCGAGAGUGCAUGGUCGGAGGCGAGUACCCGCACUUGCGGCUCGCAGCUCGACGCCACAGCUCGCCCGGCAUCGAGAUCCCGUUCGGUACUCCUCGGUAG